AUGGCUUCCCAUGUCGUUCGUCACUUGCGUGACCACCUCUUCCCGCUGGGAAUCCCGCUGCGCACGGCGUGGCAUCGCCGCACUAAUGGGAACCACGAGGAAGGGGAUAUCAAACUCUCCAACAGUGGGACGAUCACCGUCCGCCGUACAACACAUCCCUGCGGAAUGCCAAAGCGUGCGCCAGAAUUUCGCCCCUCGGGAUGGCGAAAUGUUCGCACUGUGCAACGCCGCGACCCAGUGCAAGGGCCGUGGUACCGCCUUCCGCCUCCAGAGCGCAGCGGCGCUGGCGAGGAGCGGCGUGGGAGCUGCGCGCAGUCGCUCGACGGACGCAGAGCAGCGAGCAUGGCGGUGGAGAGCUGGACUGAGCGCGCGACGGGCCGCGUCACCGAGGCCGCCCUGCGCCUGCGACAGCCCGCGCGCCGCGUCGCGGGCAGCGUGCGCUCCGCCGUCACCGUCGGCGCCAUCGUCAUCGGGGCGUACACCUUGCUCAUUGGCAGCAUCUUCUGUAAUUCUCCAUGGCAUUACCGUCCAGUGUCCGCAUUGCUGGGAACUAGCAGUGGAUUUGCUUACCUCACAGCAAUUAUGGAUAUUGUUUUAAUCUUCGGCAUACUGGUUAGAGAAGAUAAGGUCUUGAAGUACAUUGUUUGCGCGUGUAUGGCUCUGUACCUGGUGACAAUACCUCUAAGCGGGUGCAAUUUCUUCGCAUGCGCAAUCAUGGGGUACUUCGACGUGCCUCUCUGGGAAAUACCCCGUUUCGGCGGGUGCCUGCUGCACCUGGGCCUCAUGUACUGCCUGCCU